AUGCAAUCCAGGGCUUCAAGACUUCUUCUCGCUGCUUCAAAACCUCGUCUUCUACGGAGCUCCCUCCGUCACCACCACCACUACCAUGAACAACCGCCACCGUUUCCUGCCACAUUCUACCUCUCCCACCUCUGCACUAACCUGCAAAGUUUGCAGAAGUUGCACGCGUCCUUGGUGGUCCUCGGCCUCAGCGGCGAGCUCCUCCUCUCGACGAAGCUCGUCAGCCUCUACGGCUCCUUUGGCGUCCUCCACCGCGCCCGCGCACUCUUCGACCACCUCCCCUCCCGCGACCUCUACUCCUUCAAAGUCAUGAUCCGCUCCUACUUCCUCAACGACAACCACUCCGACGUCGUUUCAGUCUACCGCCUGAUGCGGUACUCCCUCCAUCCCACCCCUCACGACGACAUCCUCUUCUCCGUCGUCCUCAAAUCCUCCGCCGAAACACGUGACCUCCUCCAGGCCGCACUCACACACUGCCACGUCACCAAGUCCCUCCCUCCCGACAGCUUCCUCCUCACCUCCCUCGUCGAUGCCUACGCCAAAUGCGCCCUACUCUCUAACGCGCAACGCGCCUUCGACGAAAUACCACACCGCGACGUCGUUUCCUGGACCUCAAUGAUCGUCGCUUACGUGCAAAACGACUGCGCUCGUGAAGGCCUAACCCUGUUCAACAGAAUGCAAGAAGCCUUCGUCCCCGGCAAUGAGUUUACAAUGGGGAGCGUGGUCAGUGCCUGCACCAGCCUGGGGUGGUUGCACCAGGGAAAGUGGGUUCAUGGGUUUGUUAUCAAAAACGGAAUUUCGGUUAAUUCUUUCUUGACCACCUCGCUUUUGAAUUUUUAUGUCAAAUGUGGGAGCGUUCGGGACGCACGUGCGGUGUUUGAUGAAAGUCUCUCUUUUUCCGAUCAUCAUCAGGAUCUUUUUUCAUGGACAGCUAUGAUUGUAGGGUAUACUCAGAGAGGUUAUCCUCGCUUAGCGAUAGAGUUGUUCAAGAACGAGAAAUGGGCAAGGCUUUUACCCAAUUCUGUCACCGUUUCGAGUUUGUUAUCUGCGUGUGGGCAACUACGUAGUUCUGCUAUGGGGAAACUACUUCAUUGUUUUGUAGUUAAGUGUGGAUUGGAGGAUCCUCCUGCGAGGAAUGCUCUGGUUGAUAUGUAUGCGAAAUGUGGCCUUGUUUCAGAUGCCCGUAACGUGUUUGAAUCAAUUGACAAGGAUGUUGUGUCUUGGAACUCUAUUAUUUCUGGCUGUGCGCAGAGUGGUGAGGAGUGUGAGGCUCUGGAGCUUUUCAAGAGGAUGAGAUUGGAGUUGUUCUCGCCGGAUGCGGUUACUGUGGUCGGUGUUCUCUCUGCGUGUGCUUCCCUUGGCGCGCUUCAGCUUGGUUGCUCUGUUCAUGCCUUGUCGUUGAAGGAUGGCUUGGUGUUGUCCAGCAUAUACGUUGGCACUGCUUUGCUGAAUUUCUACGCAAAAUGUGGGGAUACGAAAGCGGCGAGGAUGGUGUUUGAUUCGAUGGGCGAAAAGAAUGUGGUGACGUGGGGUGCAAUGAUUGGUGGCUAUGGAAUACAGGGGGAUGGAAAUGGAUCUCUUGUGCUGUUUAGGGAAAUGUUGAAGGAGGAGCUUGAGCCUAAUGAAGCGGUGUUUACAACUAUAUUAGCGGCUUGCAGUCAUUCGGGAAUGGUUGGAGAGGGGUCCAGGUUGUUUAAUUUUAUGUGUGAGGAGUUGAAUUUUGUUCCAUCCAUGAAGCACUAUGCGUGUAUGGUUGAUAUGUUGGCGCGCUCUGGGAACCUUGAAGAGGCGUUUCAUUUUAUUGAUAGAAUGCCUGUUGAACCUGGUGUUAGUGUGUUUGGAGCUUUUCUCCAUGGUUGUGGGCUUCAUUCUAGAUUUGAUAUGGGGGAAGUGGCUGUUAAGAGAAUGUUGGAGUUGCACCCUGAUGAAGCUUCUUACUACGUGCUUGUGUCAAACCUGUAUGCUUCAGAUGGGAGAUGGGGCAUGGUUAGCCAGGUGAGGGAGACGAUAAAACAAAGAGGGUUAAACAAGGUCCCUGGCUGUAGUUCAGUGGAGAUGGAUCUCAACAAUGACACUUGUGCCAAAAUGGCAAUACUUUGUUAGUCAGUCUUUGUGUAGUGAUAAAGCAGAACUACUUGCUUCAACAAAACCUAUAAACUUAAUUCUUGGAAGAUUGGAGAUAGCCAUUGGAUAUGAGAACCCAGGAGCUUAGGUGCUUGGUACUUGUAAUUGAUCCGAUUCCGGUUGAAGUGAAAGUUAAAUAUUGUCGACAGAUGCAACGAAACUCACUGGUGUCACCAUUACACCCACACAGGAAACUGUUGAGGAUGACCUUAUGAGGUAUGCAGUGGAGGCAAAUAUUGUCUUGUCAUUUGCUUGCUGCUGCAAUGUAGUGGAUAAUGUGAUCAGUAUUCUGCAGUGGUAAAAUGAUCUGGAGAGAAAGUAUGGUAAUUUGGGAGAAUUAAUAUGGUGAAAAUAGUGAGGACUCCUCGGUACGAAUGUAUAAGGUUGAGGCAAUGACGUCGCCUGAUUCUUUUUUCCAUAACUUUAGAAAUGUAUGCUACAGUUAAGAUUUGAAGAUGAAAACAAUGAAGACCAAAGAACUCAUCGACAGUAGAAAAAUACUUAUAAAAAAAAUUAUGUAAAACAGUGCAGGAAGUUUGUAAGACUAAUGAUUGAAUGUUGCGAAUAGUUAGAAUCUUUGUUCAUAAAUUAGUUUGUGUUUACAAGUAGUUGUUAUUCUUAUUCAAACUUGUAAAACAUUACAAAUCCGUCACCCAAUGAUUUUUACGAUGUAAUAAGUGGUUGUAACUUUGUUACUUGUACAGAACCUUGCCUACCCGACAUUCAU